CCGAGCGCAGGCGCCGGCUGCCGGCACCCCUUCCUUGCCGGCCGGCACUUCGGCUGCAGUUUUGCACAAACCAAGAGAGUUAGCAGCAUCCACUUAAUUUUCUGCUAUAACUAGUUCUGAUGGCUGGGAAUAAAGGAAGAGGACGUGCUGCCUAUACCUUUAAUAUUGAGGCUGUUGGAUUUAGCAGAGGUGAAAAAUUACCUGAUGUAGUUUUGAAACCACCCCCACUAUUUCCUGAUAUAGAUUAUAAGCCAGUGCCCCUGAAAACAGGAGAAGAUGAAGAUUAUAUGCUAGCCUUGAAACAGGAAUUGAGAGAAACAGUGAAGAGAAUGCCUUACUUUAUUGAAACACCUGAAGAAAAGCAAGAUAUUGAAAGAUACAGUAAAAGAUAUAUGAAGGUAUACAAGGAAGAAUGGAUACCAGAUUGGAGAAGACUCCCAAGAGAGAUGAGGCCAAGGAAAAAAUGCAAAAAAGCAGACCUGAAAUCCAAAAAGGCAAAAGAUACAGACAAAGGUGCUUUGCUCACUAAUGCUGCAGAUGUGUUGAAAAAAAUAGAGGAAUUGGAAAAGAGAGGUGAUGGUGAGAAAUCAGAUGAGGAAAAUGAAGAGAAAGAAGGAAGCAAAGAGAAAAGUAAAGAAGGUGAUGAUAAUGACGAUGAUGAUGCUGCAGAGCAUGAUGAAUAUGAUGAAGAGGAGCAAGAGGAGGAAAAUGACUACAUUAAUUCAUACUUUGAAGAUGGAGAUGAUUUUGGUGCAGAUAGUGAUGACAACAUGGAUGAAGCAACCUAUUAA